GUGAUAUUGAGCAAUGGCUUCGCAAAUAUUACUUUAUCAAAACCAGAUGGCCACGUCACGUGCAUAUCAUAUGGUGGGAUGGAAAAUUUACUAGCGACCAAAAACGAAAACGAUAGAGGGUAUUGGGAUGUUAUCUGGAAUAAUACUGGACCUCAGACAACUCGAAAAAAGUUUUCAGCAACAAGUUUUGAAGUCAUAAUAGACAAUGAAAAUCAGACAGAAAUUUCAUUUAAAAGAACAUGGAAUGCUUCUCAAUCUGAUCAACCUCCCUUAAACAUUGACAAAAGGUAUAUAAUGCUACGCGACGCGCCAGGAUUUUAUACAUACUCAAUCGUUGAACGUUUAGAAGGAUGGCCGCUUUCGUAUAUCCAAAAUCUCAGGAUUGUCUUCAAGCUUCAAGAAGACAUGUUUCACUACAUGGCUGUCUCUGAUGAGAGACAACGGGUCAUGCCAAUGGAAGUGGAUCGGAAGACUGGCGAGGUGCUUGACUACAAAGAAGCCGUUCUUCUUACUAACUCGACUAAUCCAGAUUUAAAAGGAGAGGUGGAUGACAAGUAUUUCUAUACAAAUGAUAACAAAGACGGUAAAGUUUAUGGAUGGGUGAGUGCAAAUCCUCCGGUAGGAUUUUGGAUGAUUAUUCCAAGCAAUGAAUUUCGUACUGGAGGACCAUUUAGACAAGACAUUACUACACAUGUUGGUCCAACUGUACUUUCUGUAUUUGUUAGUACACAUUAUGCAGGAGAGGAUUUGGCUAUAAAAUUUCAACAAGGAGAACCAUGGAAAAAAGUUAUUGGCCCUGUCUUUGUGUAUCUUAAUUCAGAUGGUUCAGCUAAGGGCAAUCCCUCCAUACUUUGGGAUGAUGCUAAGAAAAGGAUGAAUCAAGAAGUCGCAAACUGGCCCUAUGAGUUUCCAGUUUCAAAAGACUACAUCAAAUCUAAUCAAAGAGGAACAGUUAGAGGCCAAAUACUUGUUAAAGACAG